ACGCAGGCUGGGAAGCUCCACACAAGGUAGAUAAGCCUUUCCAGAUCAUACUAAACCAAGCAGCCACUUCACACUAGGGCACUUGGAUCACACAAGAAAGUUCAGGUCGGAAGAAGAUGCAGGCCGCCGCCGCUACAGCCGUCGGGUUCUCUGCUGCGGCGCCCGUGAAGGGCAGGCCGGCGGCGAGGAGCACGGUGGUCGCUCGUGUCCCAGCCACAAGGAGGAGCGUUCGCGCCGCCGUGGCUGCCGCCAUCGUCGCGGCGGAGCCCGCCGAGGUCGACUACAGCUCGAGCUUCUCGGUGUUCCCCAUGGAGGCCUGCGAUCUGCUCGGCGGCGACGCCUGCAGCGCGCAGAUGUACCCGGAGGCUAAGCUCGCCGGCGCGGCGGAGGUGGCGGGCAGGAGGGAGGAGGCGGUGGAGAGGGACUACCUGUCCUACGACGAGCCGACGACGGUGUUCCCCGGCGAGGCGUGCGACGACCUCGGCGGCGAGUUCUGCGAGGCGCCGUACCAGGCCGGCGUCUCCAUGGAGCUGGCGCACGCCUGAUCGGGUCGAAGGGUGAUGGGAAGCUAGCAGAUGAUGCUUACGCGGUAGAUGGGGUGCUAGCGUACGCGCACGUACAGAAUAACAGCAGCCAAGCAAGGCCAAGGACUUGUCACGUGUGUAAAUGUGCAUGUCUCUUUGGUCGUGUCAGCUGCCUGUCUGUAGAAACUAAAGAUGAAAUAUAUGGUACUGGUGGUGAUGCUGUUUUACAGCUUCAGAAGAUUCAGUAAA